AUGGAGCCAGUGGUCCCCGGGCUAGGAGAGGAUAGCCAAGGCACAGUGCAGGACCCGAUUAGCCUCAUCCAAGGUGGCGGCGUGGACCACCAUCAAAUUCUUCGACAACUAGUGGAGAUGGGACACGGAGAAGAAAAUACCUCCACCGCUCUCACAAUGAAAUUACCGAGAUCAUACAUGCCCGAAAUUGAUACGGGGAGACUUCUGCGGCUAAAGGCUGUGAGGCAUUACAUCCCUUCACUCCUUGACGGGGGAUAUAAAAAAGAGUUAAUGCAACAAAUUUGCUACUCUUUCGAUGGACAGAAAACUGCCGAGAGGAGCUUGUUCCCCAUGGAUCUUUCAGAUUGGGACGAAGGACAAAAGGACUUGGAGAUGACGAACGGUAUUGAAAUAUAUUCCUCUAGUAUGGUCUUAGAAGUUCUCGCUGUAGCCAAGGAAUUUUCGAAGAUUGCCUCAUUCCUCGGACUAGCUCCCUGCCUGGAUUGGCAGAUCGUCGAAAACGGACAUUUUGGCCUUGGGAGGCGAUUCCUCUCCAUAAACAGCGAUAUCAAGGGGAAGAAAAGGCAUGAGCCUAGGAAGAAAAUUGAGUGCUACCACAUUUGGUUUGUUCUGCCGGUCUCAGUGUUACUACGAGACAAUGAAGACGAAACGCUGGGCCCUGAAGCACAGAACGCCUUCGACAUGCGUUAUACCCAUUUUCCUAUCAUUCAAUUGACCUUCCAGGACAGAAAGCUCUGCUUCUACAUGCGAUUCAACCUCCAAUCUCGAAGUACGAGAAUAUUCAAUAACAUCGGUGACUUGGCAGUUGAAAAAUUCUGUGAAGUUUGUCAGCAGGGCGUCCAGGAAGAGGAGUAUGAUCCAUUCACAUUUCUGUGCAGCAGUAUUUCCGAUCUCCUUCAUAGUUUGGUGGCGCAAGGGGUAUUCUAUACCAGGAAAAUUCGGGAUAUAGAGGCCAAAGUGCUAGCCCUUGGACAAGCCUUUGAACGAAGUGAAAGGCCUGAAUCCAAGGAAGCCCGUGAGAUAGAGGGAGGCAAUCUUGAAAACGCCCGAAAGCUGAUGCUGGAGCUCCAUGAGUUUCGCUCCUAUCAGCUACGCCAGAAACGCAAUGUCGAAUGUUUAUCUAACGUUGCCAACGAAUCUGUGAAGGAACACCGUGACAUGCGCGAAACACUGGGCAUCAGUUCGACCGCAUAUCUUACGGUUCACAAGAAUCUGUGCACACUUGCCUCUUGGCUUGGGAGUACGAAAGAGAACCUUGAGUCGGCUCAGAAAGUCACCGACAGCUGCUUAUCCACACUUUCUUUCUUACUGAAUAUGAGAAAUAAUCGCUCCGUCGAAGAAAACACGAAAUUCCUCGCGACGAUGGCAGAACAUAGCAACGAAGAAAAUCAUCAAGUGAAAGACAUUGCAGAAGCUAGUCAACGGGAUAGCGAGGCUAUGAAAACCAUUGCCAUUAUGACUAUGUUCUAUCUGCCGGCGAGCUUUGUUGCAACACUGUUUAGUAUGGGAAUCUUUAACUUCGAUUUUGAAAAUGGGAGAAAGGGCACCAUAUCUCUGUCCACUUCCUGGUGGAUAUAUGCUGUUGUGACUAUACCACUGACCAUCAGCACAUUCCUUUUCUUUUGGUACAUGCAUGGGAGAAAGAAUAUUGAGACCAAGGAGACUGAAGCCAAGAGACUGGGAUAG